AUGGGAGGAGGAAAAGUGAGGUGGCGGGGUCUCUGGGAGGGCAGGCGGCAAGAGCGACAGGCAAAGCGAAUCGACUUUGGCGCAGCAAGAAACUGCACUACAACAGCAAGAGGACAACAAGAGGACAGCAGCGGAAAGGGAAGGCGAGAGGGGCGGAGGCCCGGUAUGGAGACAACGCAGGGCUACGGAGGGCAGAUGAAGCCAGGCCGUGAACCAGGCUUAACCGACAGCUUUGGACAGCCCCGCGAUUUUUCACAUUUGAUUAGCAACCAGGCGCUACUGGAGCUGCGUCUUGGGGAGAGUUGGGAGCUGAUGGCGGGAAGCUCUGUGGCUUUUACUGCGACGAGGGGAUUGGGCGCCGGGUUUCGUUGGGCCAUUUUGACCGUUCGCCCCUCACCCUCCACCGGCUGA